AUGGCUAACAUACUCAAGAAAUACAACUGCUUUGAUUGUCUGCAAAACAUAAACGAAGCUGAACAUACUCUUGAGGAACUCGAGGCUCAUAUUGCGGGAAUUCACCUAGGAUUUUAUCCAUAUAAAUGCAUCGAUUGUCUGAAGAUGUUCCCGACAAAAAACUUGCUGACUAGACAUGUUCCACAAAGUCAUCAUAAAAAUUCAUUUCCGGUCUACUACGAGUGUACAGAAGAAUUUCGCAAAAUGGAGAAUGAGUUGGCUGCAAAAAUUCGAAAAUGCAUCUCCUUGAAAGACGAACCAGCCAUGUAUCAUCCUACAGUAAUGCUUCAUUCUCCGCACAUUGAUAAGCCAGAACCGUUUGGAAAACUGCGACGGAUGUUGAUGAAAGAUUACACUUCGGAUGGAAAACAACAAGAGCAUCUUCAAUGCAAACUUUGCGAUGAAAUUGGCAUUCCACUGUAA